CAGUUGUCAGCACCGCACCCUUGAAGGAGGGAGACCUGGGCAGCACUGCACAGCGCCCACUCUGGCAGUGGUUCUAAGUGUAUUUCCCAACAGGCAGCAUCACCUGGGGAGUGCCAGGUUCAGAGCCCUGCUCCAGAACUGCUGAAUCAGAAGUUGAUUAACAAGCCCAGAUCUGAUCUGUAUCUGCCAUAACCAGCACUGCUCACUUAGGACUUCGGGAUCCAGACCGACGGCUCCAGCGCACCCCAGACUCUUCAGCAAGAAGGAGAUCAUCAUUUUGGAAUCCUUGGUGGAGGAAAACAUAGCACUGGUCUUGCCCCCAACGAUGCAAGUGUGAUUGCUGGUGUCUUCAUGAGCUCCAGAGGUCACAGCACACUACCGCGGACUCUCAUGGCCCCUCGCAUGAUUUCUGAGGGAGAUGUAGGAGGCAUUGCUCAAAUCACCUCCUCUCUCUUUCUGGGCAGAGGCAGUGUAGCCUCCAAUCGGCACCUCCUCCAGGCUCGUGGCAUCACCUGCAUUGUUAAUGCUACCAUUGAGAUCCCCAAUUUCAACUGGCCCCAAUUUGAGUAUGUUAAAGUGCCUCUGGCUGACAUGCCUCAUGCCCCCAUUGGACUGUACUUUGACACCGUGGCCGACAAGAUCCACAGUGUGAGCAGGAAGCAUGGGGCUACCCUGGUGCACUGUGCUGCAGGGGUGAGCCGCUCGGCCACUCUCUGCAUCGCUUACCUGAUGAAAUUCCACAAUGUGUGCCUGCUGGAGGCGUACAACUGGGUGAAAGCCCGGAGGCCUGUCAUCAGGCCCAACGUAGGCUUCUGGAGGCAGCUGAUAGACUACGAGCGCCAACUCUUUGGGAAGUCAACGGUGAAAAUGGUACAGACACCUUACGGCGUAGUUCCAGACGUUUAUGAGAAAGAGUCCCGACACCUGAUGCCUUACUGGGGGAUUUAAUGCCACCAAAUCCUGCAUCAGCAGCCCCGUGAGCGGUACCAGCAUCUGCUACACACUGUCUGCUCCCCUCUUCACCUUUCUUUUCAAAUGGUUGACUUUUGGUUUCCCUCAAGUGUUUUUACACUGGGUGUUCAAGUUUAAGAGCUAGGGAGGGGUGGGACAUAACGGGAAUGCAUACAUUGCUAGUAACAUUUUUAAAACUAACAUUUUGGAAUAGUGUUUACGAAAAUCUUUAACGGGCUUUUAAUCACUUUUAACAAUCUGAACAGUUGAGUAAACUGUUUGGUUCUGCUCUAUUCUGAAUCCCAUGCCUUUUGGCAUCAUGGCAGGUACGGAGGAGCUCAGUGCAAAAAUUACUUUGGGCCCUUUAACCCUUCAGAGACAAGCUUUGCCCAAGGCUGCCAACCAAAUAGAUGCUUAGGGACGAUUGAUACCAGCUUCAGUCUCUACUGGAUUAACCCUACUCUUUCCUUUCCCCUCUAUUAUUUAGUAACUCUGUAAGUUAAAAUAAACCUUUAUUAUUUAGCUGUUAAGUAAUUAUAAUGAAAUCUGCUGCAAAGACCCUUUUGGAAUCAAUGUGCCCCAGGAUUAUAUUAGCAUUAUUUUUAAUAAAUAUAUCUGCUUAACAUUAGAUUUUUUUACUAGUAAUUUCAGGGUGUGUGUAUGUCUGUUGUUGAUGGAAGAAAGAUGCUCUGCUCUCUAAUAACUGCUAAAAUAGGGCUCUUGUGACAGGAUCAAUACUUAAAAGUAGAUAUUCCAGCUGAAUCACGUCAGCAUUUCACAUCUUGGAGCGCAGCGGAUAAGUCAUUCGCAGUGCUGAACGGGAAACAGUGUGAAGUGAAUGCUCAGGUAAAAGGUGCUAUUUUCAGUUUCUUCUGAUAAGUGGAGAGCACCAAAGCAGCAAGUCCUCCAUCGACGAAAUUGGUCUUUAACAAAAGGUGUGCCUCUGCUAACUAUUCACAUACACACAAACGCUCUAAAUCAUGCUUCAAUGUAAGUAUUAAGCAAAUGAAAUGAUGGCUUCCUUUGUUUAACCUUGUUAAUGUCACCCAGUUCACUGCUCCUAAUAAAUUGUACAGCACAACCCGUCA